AUGGUUAGGGAGACUAAGCUAUACGACUCUUUAGGCGUAUCCACAACAGCUACACAGGAUGAGAUAAAAAAGGCCUACCGCAAAGGAGCCUUAAAGUGGCAUCCCGACAAGAACAAAGACAACCCCGCCGCUGCUGAAAAGUUCAAAGAGGUAUCGCAAGCCUACGAAAUCCUAUCCGAUCCCGAGAAACGUAAAACGUACGAUCAAUAUGGCCUCGAAUUUCUAUUGCGGGGUGGGGUACCUCCAGAGGAGGGAGGUGGUCCAGGGCCUGGUUCCAAUCCUUUUGAGGGUGCCCAAGGAGGCUAUCCGUUCUCAAGUGGUGGAGGCAUGCCCCGUGGAUCCUUCCACUUUUCGUCCAAUGGAGGCGGCGGAGGCUUCAACUUCUCAAACCCUGAAAGCAUAUUCUCGGAAUUUCUUCGUGGACAAGGAGGAGGUAUGGGGGGCGAUGAUGACGAUUUCGGCAGUUUUGGUGGCUUUGGAAUGGGUGGAAUGCCUGGUGGACUUGGUGGAAGCUCCAAGAGAGCAAGCGGGUCAAGAUUCAAUGGUGGACGGAGAGCACCGGCACCUGAAGUCACUGUCGUCGAAAAGCCGCUACCAGUAUCACUUGAAGAAUUAUUCAACGGUACCACCAAGAAGAUGAAGAUCAAGCGGAAAACCUACGACCCGGCGACUGGCAAGCAAAGCACCCAGGAUCGGAUCUUGGAGGUGCCAAUCAAGAAGGGACUGAAAGCGGGCAGUAAGAUCAAGUUUUCAGACGUGGGUGACCAGGUAGAAGGCGGUACUCAAGACCUGCACUUCAUAGUUUCCGAGAAACCGCAUCCCCUCUUCAACCGCGAAGGCGACGACAUCAAGCACACCAUUGAGCUCGACCUCAAGGAAUCCUUAACGGGCUGGUCGCGGACGGUGCAGACGAUUGAUGGCAAGCAGGUAGCCGUCCGCAGUGCCGGGCCGACGGGACCGACGUUCACAGAGCGCUUCCCUAGCCUUGGAAUGCCGAAAUCCAAGAAACCCAACGAGCGAGGCGAUUUCGUUGUGGGCGUCAACAUCAAAUUCCCCACAUCCUUAACUCAACACCAAAAAGACCAACUCAAGCAGAUUCUUUGA